CGCCCACUUUUGCGACACCGCGUUUGUGAACGAGCCUCGUCCAUCCUCACGCACCUCUCCCUCACACAUACACGCACAACAACAAAGACCGCCAACGACGAACCCCAGUUCAGUUCGUCACAAGCAGCAAUUGACCAACCCCGGCAUAACCUCUUGAAAAUCACAAAGCACGCAUCUCGAGCAGCCAUGUCUAGCGGCAGCGGAGCUACCGACCCCACCCAGUCUGAGGACUUCAAGGGCAAGGGCAAGGCCGUCGCCGAGCAUGAGACCGCCGACGCCACCAUGGACGAGGACGAGGACUCCUCUGACGAUGAGCAGAACGAAGGCGGUAAGCGACCACCAUGACCACCGUCACAACCCAUACCACCACCACCGACCUUCGAUCACCCAAUCUGGCACGAUCGCGGCCGCUUACUACACACACGAAUCACUCUUGCCCCAAAGUCAGAAACUAACCUUGAAACCUUUCACAGGCGAGGCUGAGGAGGCCGAGGACAACCUGGACGAGAUUGACCUAAACAACAUUGUUGAGGGUGGUCGCCGGACCCGUGGUCGCGUCAUUGACUGGGCCAAGGCUGCCCAGGAGAACCCUGCCGAUGACGACGACGAUGAGGACGAGGAGGACUUUGAGCCCGAAAGCAAGGACAACGACGAUGACAAGAUGGACGAGGACUAAACGGCGCUGCACAUGAAGGCGUCCCUGGUGGCGAGUGAUGAUGCAGGACAACCUCACAACUACUUCAGUGACUUAUCACGAGCAUCCUUGGCUGGCAAGCGCACUGCAACCGCUCUUGGCCAGCAGGACAGCCGGAGUGCCU